GAAAUAAAUAUAUUAGUCCUACUAGCCAAAAUGCUAUUAUUGAUUGUUGCAACACGGUAAUACUUAAUAAAAUUGUAGCUAAAAUAAAUAAAGCAAAGUGUUUCACUGUCCUUGCUGACGAAACCGCCGAUGUAUCUGGUAUAGAGCAAGUGUCUUUAUGUGCUAAAUAUGUUGAUAUAGAUGAAUUAGUUGUCAGAGAAGAUUUUUUGCAAUUUGUUCCUACAAACGAUUUAACUGGCAAAGGCUUAGCAACUCUUAUUAUUGAAAAUUUAAAGGCGUUCGGGAUAGAACUUAAGUAUUUACGUGGACAGGGGUACGAUGGGGCUGCAGCUAUGUCUGGACAAUUUAAUGGUGUUAGGUCACAUAUUUCUCAAUUGUAUCCGAUGGCAACUUAUGUUCACUGUACAGCACACACCCUUAACUUGGCAGUAUCUAAAUCUUGUACAAUACAACCAAUUAGAAACUGCUUGGGUACGAUUGGAAAAUCACGAGAUUUCUUUGUAUACCCCAAACGAAAAAAUAUACUUUCACAAGCAAUCGAAGACUUUAAUGGAACAAUUAAUGCAAAAACAUUAAAACGCAACUGUGCUACAAGAUGGAUCGAACGUUUUCAUUCAGUUCACGAUUUUAUCGAACUUUUGGAAUGUGUCGUUGAUUCCUUAGACACUAUUAGUAGUUGGGCCGAUGGUGAUACCUCAAGUCAAGCAAAUAAUUUAAAAAAUUCAAUCUUACAAGGAGAGUUUAUCAUAUCACUUUUGGUUUUAUCGAAAAUAUUUGCAGUUGGAUUGCCACUAUCUAAACAAUUCCAAAGCGUUGCCAUUGAUUUAAGAGAAGCUAUGAUAUUAGCUAAUGCGACACUGUCUGAAUUAAAAACAAUUCGAAGUAACAUUGAUGAAUAUUUUCAUGAAAUCUAUACAAAAGCAUCUGUUCUAGCUCAGGAGUUGUGUUUUUCAAUAUCAUUACCUCGAAUUGCACGUAAACAAAAAAACAGAGAUAACUAUUCAGUGAACACGCCUGAAGAAUAUUUUAAAAUAACAAUAUUCAUACCUUAUUUAGAAUUGUUUAUUAACGAAAUUGAAUCGAGAUUUAUUGAACAUCAGAAAACAUUAAAAGGAUUUCAAAACUUAUUUCCAAAAACGUCAGAAAUGACAACACUUGAAAAAGAUGAAUUUAUUAGUUUGAUAGAUUUUUAUAAUGAUGAUUUGGCAGAUAACAAUAAAGAUAUUUUGGUAUCUGAGUUAAAACUUUGGCGACGUAAAAUACUUGCACUAGAUAAACAACCUACAAAUGCUAUGGAUGCUUUAGUUAUCUGCAAUAACAUGUAUCCAAAUAUAUACAAAUUACUACAAAUUUUAGCAACACUACCUGUUUCAACAGCUUCAUCCGAAAGAUCUUUUUCAUCAUUAAAGAGAAUUAAGACGUACCUAAGGAAUACAAUGUCAGAGAAAAGAUUAAAUGGUUUGGCAAUGCUCUCCAUUCAUCGUUCAAUAUCAGUAGAUGCAAAGGAAGUGUUGGACGAAUUAUCUAUUAACAAACGUCGAGUGGAUUUUAUUUUAUGAAUUAUUAUAAUAAACUAAUAUAAAACUAUAAAAACUAUUUAUAAUUAAUACAAAUUUGAAACAAAAUAAAAAUAACGUACGUAAAAAACUAAUAA